AUGCAAAACCUGCUUAGGGAAAUGAAAACCCUAUUUGCUGCAGACAUUGCAUUAGUCCGAAAGGACUUGGGGGUAAUCACUGCUCGACUGCUAUCACUGCAAGACUCUGAUGACAUUGCACAAUGGCGGCAAGAUGCUCAGCAGUCCGAGCUGGAGAAGCUCAAGCAAGCAAAUUUCCUCAUGGAGGGCAGAAUAGCAGUGCUGGAAGACUCCAAGAGACACCGCAACCUCAAGAUUGGGAGUUUCUCUGAGGAGGUUACGGACUGUGAAAUGCCUCACUACAUCUGCUGCCUGCUAAGCAGCAUACUAACACCAUCCAAAGCUAAAGCGAUCUCGCUGGACAACUACUUCAGGAUCUCAAAACCAGCUAAAGCCCCGGAUGGGGUUCCCAGGGACUUGCUAAUAUGCUUUCAAUCGAUGCUCAGUAAGCAGAUAAUACAAGCAGCCACCAGCGAUGCUCCUUCCUACCAUUUCAAAUGA